AAGCAUCCCUGAGUUUCAGACAGAAACUUACUCUGAAUACACAUAUUCCAAGGGCCAUCAAGAAAUGGGGACCUGGAUUUUGUUUGCCUGCCUCCUGGGAGCAGCCUUUGCUAUGCCCCUACCACCUCAUCCUGGGCACCCUGGUUAUAUCAACUUCAGCUAUGAGGUGCUUACUCCUCUGAAGUGGUAUCAAAGCAUGAUAAGGCAGCCGUACACUUCCUAUGGUUACGAACCCAUGGGUGGAUGGCUGCACCACCAAAUCAUUCCCGUGCUGUCCCAGCAGAAUCCCCCGAAUCACGCCCUACAGCCUCAUCACCACAUCCCCGUGGUGCCAGCUCAGCAGCCCGUGGUCCCCCAGCAACCAAUGAUGCCAGUUCCUGGCCAACACUCCAUGACUCCAACCCAACACCACCAGCCAAACCUCCUUCCGCCCGCCCAGCAGCCCUUCCAGCCCCAGCCCGUCCAGCCACAGCCUCACCAGCCCAUCCAGCCCCAGCCACCCGUGCACCCCAUCCAGCCCCUGCCACCACAGCCACCUCUGCCUCCGAUGUUCCCCAUGCAGCCCCUGCCCCCAAUGCUUCCUGACCUGCCUCUGGAAGCUUGGCCAGCAACAGACAAGACCAAGCGGGAGGAAGUGGAUUAAAAGAUCAGAAAAAGAGAAGAGAACUGAAGUAAAUACUUCAGUUGCUUUUAGAAUGACAAUGAUUUGUGCCUAGCAUCACUUUACUUAGCAAAUUCUGUAACUAAAAAUAAGUACCAUUAGCAAACAAUAAAAAUGUUUUAAAAA